CAGCUUUUCAUACACUAAAUAAAGUUCAAUGAACAGGAAAUAUUUCCUUCUGUCCUUGUUUGUAUUGAUGCACUAGUAACCUUGAUCUGAAGUGAAAUAACUCCAGGUGUCUCUGGCUCUAACAAAAUCUUCGAUAUCAUCUAGAAAUGCAUCUUCAACUAUGAGGAAUAAUAGGGUUAAGUCAUUAGUCGGGAAGCCAUGACGAAGUUAACAGAACAUACAGUUCUGGCUCGAACAAGAGCCCAGGACUUAAAAAGUGUUCGGAAAUUAAAUGCUUGGGGCAGUGAACUUACUGAUGUCAGCAUUGUGAAGAAGCUGCCUAAUGUGGAAGUCCUGUCACUGAGUGUUAAUGCUAUAUCCUCAUUAGAAGAUUUUUCACAUUGCAAUAAUUUACAAGAAUUAUAUAUAAGGAAAAAUAAUAUAUCAGAACUUGGUGAAAUUCGACAUCUUAAAGACCUUCAAAAAUUAAGGAAUUUGUGGUUAGCAGAUAAUCCCUGUGCAGAAGGUGAUGACUAUCGUCUUACUGUUAUACGUGCCUUGCCACAGUUACAGAAACUUGAUAACGUGCCUAUCCGACCUGAUGAAAUAGAAUCAGCAAAAAAGCAUGGUUCACCUUUAGAACUCUUGCUUCCAAAAGAAGAAUCUUCUACUCCUCAAACUACAUACGUUUCUCAGCCGCCACCCCAAACUUCACAUGCAGUUCCAACUUCUUCUAGUUUUGAAGAAAUUUCAUCAGUUACCCAUACAGAAAGUUUUUCAAUCGAAAGCUCAGCUUUUUCUCCUAGCACUCCAAAUAAUGGUACAGAAACUUAUAACUCUGUGAAAAGUUCUGUUAAGCAAGUAGAAUCUGUAAAUCAUGUGUCUCAUACAUCGUUUCAAGAAAAGUUAUCACCUGAAUCACCAUAUUUUGAGAAAGACGAUAGCAUGCAGCAGAAUACAGUACACUCAUCUGAUUCAAGUCCUGGAGCUACAAAUCCUCAUUUAAGUGGCAGAUUUCAAGAUAAUUUUGAGCGGGAAUUGCCACCAGAAAAUGAAUCUGCUUUUGAAGCACAAGGUGCUGCCUUGGUAAAAGAUCAUUUUUUACCUAAGUGUGCAUUUGCUGCACCAUAUUCCAGUAAAUUACCACCACGUGAAAGACCUCUAGCAAUACGUAUGUUACCCAAAGGUGGUAAAAGCAGGGCAGCUAAUAUUUUAUCUGCAGUUUUAUGUUUAAUCAAAGAAUUAGAUUGGGCUAGCCUAGAGGUUGUAGAUACUGCAAUUCAUUGCCAAAUGGAAGAGUUAGAAGAACAGAAUUCAUCUUAAUGAAGAAAAUAUAUAGAGCAUCAGUCAAGAGGCUUAUCAUAAUUAAAUUAAUAACCUGCAUUAAUAAGAUUCACUAUUAUUUAUAAAUGCCUGAAAUACUUAAAUUGAAAUUACUUAACAUUUGCAGUGUGAAAUUGAACUUUUGCUUAACAAUAUGAAUUCUAUAUUCUUCUAAAUGCAUUUGCAUGAGCAAACUUAUGGAGUGUGUAAUGCUUGUAACAUUUGGCAUGUUGUGAUAAAUCUUCGUUUAUUUUUAUGAAAAGCAUUUAUAAGAAGAAAAUGGGCAUAUUUAUUGUGUUAUCUCCCUGGUUGUGUAUGAUUUAAAGUAUAAGGAAGUAUAUAUAUUAAUGUAUAUAACUGAUUAUAAUCAUAAUUCCUCAGUCAGUAUCUGUACAUUAAAAAGAAACUCGUCAUAUAGCAUAUUUAAAGAAAACUACUGUAUUAAACUAUGUAUUAAAAAAACUAUGUGUGAUUAUGUAAUGGGUAUUGUAAUAUUUCUAUUGUAUCUUUUAACAUUGACAAUAACAUAUACAUUGGAAUAUUGCUUUUAUUUAGCCUUUAUACAUUAGAAUCUCGUGAGUUAUAUAGGAUGGAGUAUAAUCUGUUCUCAAAUUUAAGUUUUUGUAAAUAUAUAAAUGAAUGUUUUAAUAAUUUUCUUAUUGUAAAAACUAAUGAUUUUCACUCUUAACAAAUAUGUAAAUUUUUUUCUUUGCAAAUUGUUAUGCAGAAUUAGUUACUUACUAUGUUUUGGUACAUGACUUAAUUGUUUUGCUGUGAGUGAUCUGUUUGGAAUCAUUCAGUAAGAAAAAUUUGAAAUGUGUGGGUAGUAUUUAUAUUAUGUAAUAUAUGUAUAUGUCUUAAAUAUGAGUGCAAAAGAAUUCUUCAGUACUGAAUUAUUCUUUACUGAAAGAUAAUUCAGUAUAUCAAUGUAUUUCACUGCUUCGGAGGGUAAACUCUGCUACAGCAUAUUUCCAUACUAUGGUGGAAAUCUACUUUACUAACAAUAAUUCCUACUUUUUCAUGACUCAUACUUAGGUGAUACCACAAAAUCUGAAAAUUUUUGCUUUAACCUACUCUAUUAAUACAUUAGCCCUUUCGCAACGGCGCAUCUUUGUUUAAGACGCGCAUGCGGAACGGAAGGGAAUUGAAGGCAGUCACCGUACAGGAUGGUGGUUUUGCAUCGCUAAGCCUAAUUUUAUAUAUAUUAAAAAAAAUUUUUUUAAUCAGAAAAAAAAAAGUUUCACUUCUAGCAUUGUAAUUUUUGGUAUC